AGAACCUAGCUACUACCAAAAUAUUGUACAUAUGGCGACUAGUAGUAGUUCCUCGUUGUAUAAUGCGCAACAGCAACAGCAGCUACUCGACGGUGAAACGGAACCCACAAAGGCAAAUCUAGCGGCUUCGAGCCGAUAUUCCUCGGGGGCCAUUGGACCGUUCUUCGCGGUCAUCUCUGUUCUCGUCGUUCUGGCUGUCCUGUCUUGCUUCUUAGGCCGAAUAUGCGCUCGUGGGAAGGCGUUAACUGUGGGCGAUGACCCGUUGGAGAUGAUAAAAGGCGGCUGGCUGAGGCGGAAAUGGAGGAGAUUCUUGGUCGGAGAUGUCGAGGCCGGAGCCAAGGUUGCGGAUUGUGGCGGCAAGGAAGGUCCGAAAGGCAGCGAAACUCCUCGGGCUUGAUCCAUGGUGUAAGAAAUCUAAUAUGUUAUAUGAACCGUAUGCCAAUAAAUAAUAAAGAUUGUCAUUUGUUUUGGCCCGAA